CAGAAAUCGAUAAUGGCGAAAACACAGAAACAAUGAACAAUUUAGCCUUGAGAAUACCAACAUAAAUGUGAACCAAUUGUAACUCAAUUCCAACAAUGUCUAUGUGGACGAAUCAGAGAACAGAGCUUAUCUUAAUAAUAGUGAUGACUCUAAUGAUGAAGGUGCAAAAGAGUUGAUGAACGAUGAAGAUGAUUUUAAUAAUGUUUCCAUUGAAUCCAUUGAACAGAUUGAUGUAAGUAAGUUGGACAUUCCAAUCAAUGAAAUAAACUUAAGACCUAAAAUUAAAAGAUCAUCAAAAAGAAAGUCAUCGAGUAGUGAAGAUGAUAUACCGUUGAAAAAACGAUCGAAAAAAGAUUCUUCACCAGAAUACAUACCUGAAGCAGAAUAUGAAACCGAAUCAAAUUAUGAUUUUGAUGAAGAAGAUACUGUUGAUGAUUAUUUUGAAGAUAGAAAGAAGGAAAAAUUACAAAAUAUAAAAACAAAGAAGCUUUUUGGGCUUACAUCUACAGUUGUAAAGAAAGCGAACCAUGAAGGCAGGCGAGUAGUUCCAUGGACCGAUGAAGAAAAGCAAGCCAUAAAAGAAUUUAUAAAAACCAAUGGUAAACCAAACAGAGUAACAACAAAUUUUAUUCAGCAAAUCAAAGAUGCUAAUAAACAGAUUUUAGCACAUCGCAGCAUCGCAGUUUUAAGAGCACAUCUUCACAAUUUUGGCUACGUCGAAAAAAGCUAGAGUAUACAAAUCACAUAGUUGUUUCA